AUGCCAACUGCUCUGAGCGCCAACUUGAGUUUCUCUACAUUCCUCAUCCUGGCUGUGACUGACUUGGGCUUGUGCAUGUCCACACUGCCCUCGGUGUUGGGUGUGCUGUGGUUUGAUGCCCGGGCUGUGGGCCUGGUGCCCUGUGUUCUGCAAGAGCAUUUCCUCCACUCCUUCUCCUUCAUGGAGUCAGCCGUGCUCUUUGCAAUGGCUCUGGACCGCCUGGUGGCCAUCCGUUUCCCACUGCGCUAUGCAGCUGUACUCACAGGUCCUCGUGUGGCAUUGGUUGGGGUUGUGCUGGGCAUGCGGAGUGCUGUCAUCACAGCUGCUCCCUCCUUGAACCUAUUGAAAUUUGACUACUGCCGCCCUGGGGCACUCUCCCAUGCUUACUGUCUUCACCAGGACAUGAUCCGCCUGGCCUGCUCUGACACACGCUUCAACAGACUCUAUGGGCUGUGCAUCAUCAUGCUGGCCAUGGGCUCUGAUGUCCUUUUUAUCCUGCUCUCCUACACUACCAUCCUCCGCACCGUGCUGGCCAUCGCCUCUGCAGGGCAGCGACUCAAGGCCCUUAACACCUGUGUCUCCCAUAUUUUGGCCGUGCUCUGCUUCUAUGUGCCUGUGCUGGGCCUGUCCAUUGUGCACAGAUUUGGGCACCACACCUCACCCCUGGUGCGCAUCUUCAUGGGGACUGUCUCUGUGCUCUUCCCACCCCUGAUGAACCCUGUAAUCUACAGCAUCAAGACCCAGCAGAUUCGAAGGGCCAUUCUCAAGGUGAUUUCACUGGGAAAGAUACAAUGA